UCCAGCUGCGCUCCGGCUCCAGCCCCAAGGAUGCUGCCCAGGGCCGAGCGCAGCGGGCCUGGGCUCUGCUGGCUGGUCCUCGGGAUCCUCGGCGCCCUCCCACCUGCAAGUGUGGCCAAUCAAGCCAUAAGUGCCAAGACAACGACCACAACCAUUAACCUACCAAAUAUAACUACGAAAACAGAAACAGCAGGGUGGACGUCCAUUGCUUCUACCUCCGUGACAACAGAGAUGGCGAAGUCACUUACUUCAGGAAGCGUCAUCACCAUAACCCAGGAGGGAGGCACCAGCCUCCCAGCCACCCCCAGCACCGGCCCCUCAGCCACCCCCACCUCAGGAAAGGGAGAUAUAGUCAGUGCCACCAGCCAGACUCCGUCCCCCAGCACCUCUCCAGAACCGAGAAAUUCUUCUAUCUUAACUUACUCCAGUGGGUCACCCGAUGGAGUCACCACUUUGUCACCGAACAGCACUUUGAUAUCAGGAGGGACAACAACACACAAAGCGACGACUGGGGUGACACUGGAGCCCGUGUCCAAUGGCACCGAGCCGCAGCCGCCACCGGGAGCUCUGACCUCAAGCACCUUCUCUCCUACAACCAGCGUGAGAUCAUCUGGCCCUGGCCCAGUGGUGAAUAAGGGCCACAUCAACUGCGUGAAAAUCAAACAAGUGAAGGAAUCUCAAGGGAUUUGCCUGGAGCUGAACGAAACCUACAGUUGUGAGGACUUUAAAAAGGCCAUAGGCGUCAACCUGACCAAGAUAAUUUGCGAGAUGAAGUCAGGCAAGCCAUCUGGUGAGGCUCGUGACUGCCACCUGACUGUAGUCCACUCUGAAGUGAAGCCCCAGUGCAUGUUCUUGGUCCCAGCCAGCAGUGACCAACUUUCCAACAUUCUCCAAGUCAUGAAGAACCACACAUCUGACCUGGAAAAGAUUGGAAUCCGCUCCUUCAAAGAGGAAAGCCUCCACCACCACCAGAAUCAGUCCCGGAAGACGCUGAUUGCUGUGGUGAUCUCCGGCCUCCUGCUUGCCAUCCUGGGCACGGCCGGCUAUUUCCUCAUGAACCGAAAGAGCUGGAGCCCUGCAGGAGAGAGGCUGAACGAAGACCCCUAUGUCACUGAGAGUGGAAACCAGGGCUACAGCCCAGGCGGGGGGGCCUCCCCUGAGCCCCAGGACAAGCCGAGCCUGAACCGAGGGGUCCGGGAGAACGGCACGGGCCAGGCCUCAUCCAGCAACGGCCACUCGACGCGGCCACACGUGGCCGAUACUCCACUGUGACGGGGACGGGAGGGGGCCGGCCUUCCAGAGAGCCUCCAUCCUCCAUCCAGCCCCCCUGAUUCCUUAGUUAACCCUACCCCCUCCUGCCUCCUCCUCCCUUUCCCAUCUCCUCCUCCUCCCUGCCUCUGGCUGCUCCUCUCCGGUUGUCUGGAUCAUCCCCUGACCUGUGCCAUCCCAACUGGAACCACCUUCCCAGACACGUAGGCCUGCCUGGGACUCAUUGGGAGGUCAGGGGGGGAAGAACCCAAGUUGCCGGAGCUACUGGGAGUAUGGGGGUGGGGAUGGGGGUGGGGAGUGCCCCCCUGGACCCAACCCAGUCUCCUCUCACCUGCCCCAGCCCUCUCCCUGCCUCUGACCACUUUGGACCACUCCGCCUUCAGUGCUCGGUGUUCAGUCAUGCCCUCUUCCCUGCUCUCUGACUUUCGUGGACCAGGGCCAGUAAGAGUGAGCCCAGAGCUCAACUUCCCAGCCUCCCCACUCUUCCCUGCCCUCUCCUGCCCUUUUCUCUGCUUUCUUUGAUUUGAUUUUCAGGAACUUAAAUCUCCUCUUCCACUGUACAAUGUAGCCAGAACCCUUGCUCCUCUGGGCCACAUCUUUCCUCCUUCCCAGAGCAGUAAACCAGCUCCUCCUCCUCCAACUUUGGUUCUUCAGCCCCAGCCAGCUCUCCAAACAAAUCUCCUCCCUGGAGAGGUGAGGGCACUUGCAGAUCAUUCAGGGUGGGCUGGUUGCACUCUUCCUGCAUGUGUGUAUAUGUGGGUGCAGGUGUGCAUUUUCAUGCAUGUAUGUGCACUUAUGUGUGAAUAUGCAUUUGUGAGUGUACAUUCAUGAUUGGGCGCAUGAGUGUAAAUUGUGUAUGUCUGGGGGAAUUCAGUUUAGCUUCUAAGAUGCUCAAAACACCACUUGUGAGAGGGCAAGGGCUGGAGGCUCCAUCUUCUGUUCCUGCAUCUCCAUUCCAGUGCCAGGCUGCCCUCAAGGAGAAUUUACAAACCUUCUGAGGUCCAGGUCAUCCAGCCCAGUCUGCCCCAUCCUCAAACCCAGCUGCCCUGCCAGAAAGUCCCAGGGCUUCACCCAUCCACCGGUGCUCCUGCCCCCGGCUCUAGGGGCCUUCAGUGCCGAGGAGAGUCCCCUGACCAGUUAGAGCCCGGUUUCAGUGCCAGCAACCCUUGGAAACACAACUUUUCUGAAUAGGAGGAGUAUUUGAGUUUUUUUGUUGUUUUAUUUCUGAAAAUAUUUCUGUAAAUAUUGUAAUUAAAAUGACAGUAAAACAGG